UCACACAGUCGAUCCGUGCGUGUGAUUCAUUUAUUGAAACCUCUCCACACUUAUAUCGUUUAUUGUUGUGUGUUUGACUUUUCAACCCGAAAUUACGUCAGUUGUGUUUAAAGUGGAAUUUCAAGGUUCGCUGCUUUGCAGAAAAGCCUGUGCUGCAAAUGGGGGAGGUGAGGAAGCUACAGAAGAAGUUGAGACAGAUUGAGAAUCUGGAAAUAAAAAUCAGUCUGAGCCCAGAGGAGAGAUUCAAGAUCUCCAGGAAGGCGGAGCUGCGUUCCAGAUUGGCUGAGCUUCAGCUGCAGCUUUCUGGCCCGCAGCAAACUCUGGGGAUUGUGGGAGACAGAAAAAAGGAGAAGAUGAAAAGACAAGUGGAGGAUGCUCCUGGGGCACUUCCGUCACAAAAGCCUCCUGCCUCUAAGGUCCUUAAAGGUGGAGAGGAGUUCAAAGCUCAAGCAACGCCAUCACCAGCUGCCAGGCAGAGGGAGACAGCAGUGGACAGACAACGGGAAAAGACAGAGCCGGCCAAGGUGUCGGGUCACAAGCAAGACGUGUCUGCAGACUGUCCAGAGUCUGACAAGGAACAGCAACUGCGACAAGAAGAAGCUGAAUUCUCAUCACUCAAAGGAUCUUGGGAGAAGGCGAAGUUUCGCUUGAGGCAGUUGGAGGGUCACAAUGACAUCGUCACCUGUGUGGUUGCCGUCGACAAUCUGGUGGUUUCUGGAAGCCGAGAUACCACGGUGAAGGUGUGGCAUGUUCCCACGGCAACAGAGCACAAGAACCUGGGGGGGCACACGGGUGGGGUUACCUGUCUAUCCGCCCCUCCGCCUGAGUACUGCAAGAGGCUGGCCUGGUCUCUGUCUUUGUCCGACAAGGAGAGGUUUAUUCUGAGUGGCUCAGCAGACUGCUAUGUGAAGAUCUGGGCCCUGAGCAUUGGACAGUGUGUAAAGUCAAUCUACACGUUCAAUGCUGUGACUGCUCUGUGUUUCGUGCCAGAGGGAGACGGCUACAUUAUCACCGGAUCGGACGGGGGGAAAGUUCAAGCCUGGAGCUGGCACACUUUCGAGAACUGCCAGUCAAUCAACGCUCACAAGGACGCUGUCACCUGCAUCCAGUCUCAAGGUCCGCUGGUGUUCAGUGGCUCGUCUGAGGGAGGGGUGUCUGUGUGGGAGAACCGGUGUACAGACCGAGACCCCCUGAGGCAGCUCCAACACUGGAGUGCUCAGGUGACCGGUUGUGGCAGUGGCUCGGGUGGGCGACUGACCCUUAGCCCGAGGGGAGACAGAGUGUUCCUGGCUUAUGGUCAAGCCUGGGUCAAGAUCCUGCACUGGAGGACCGGAUCAACAUCCAGGCUGACCAAUCACAGCAGCAUCGCCGCGGUAACAGAUUGUGUCCACCAGACAGGAGGCCUCCUAAUUGGCUCCUGCUACGAUCUGGUAAAUGGAGAGAGCGCAUUAAAUUUAUUCUCUCUGCCUCACUGUCGCUACCUGGCUUCUCUGACCUGGCCGGAUGCUCCCAGAAUUCUCUGCUUUGCGACAUGGGCCACGGGGAGUGGAGACCACCGGUGGGUUACGGGAGGCCGCACUCUCACUGUAUGGGAGCAGCUCUCCAGCUCCGGGAAGCAGAGAGGUGACGUCUCAGUGAAGAGAGACAGCCGGUUGGAUUUCUGCUUCCUGGAAUCAGAGGCGGAAACAGAAGAUGACGAGGAAACUGAUGAUUUCGAAGAUGAUGAUGAUGAUGGUGCUCACAGCCGGUCUGACGGUGCGGAGGAUGAGGGAUCCUCAUCGUGGCUGCGCUGUGUUCUCCAGUGAGUGCUGGUUUCUCACGCUGAGGACGCCACGGCCUGCAGCCGUGAAGAGGAAAUGAGAGGGAGGGAGUGAGCCAAGUGACAGCGAAGGAGGGAGCAGAGGAGAGAAGUGUGACAGACUCAAUGUGGAGGGGGAGCAUAUGGAUGGAGAGAGUGUAUGUGUGUGUGUGUGUGUGAGUGAGUGAUAGGCAGAUUGUUUUCUAUGUAAAUAUGACAUCCACUCAUAAUAAAGUUAAACUAAGACUCUGACCUCCAAAAUUC